AUGAACGUGUUAGGCCUAGACGAUUUGCAUUUGUCGACUAUUAACCUGGGCGAUUUAGGAGAUUUAGACUUUUUUAACAUGUGUGGAGUUACCGACGAAGAUAUCGAACUCUCGCAGGUAUUUGAUGAAAUUGAAGAAGAAAAUGCCAUAUCAGAGGGUCUAUGUGAAGUGCUGAAUUUAAAUCGUGUCGAAAAUAUGGACUGUGAAAUUGGUACCGAAUUUGGGUCUUUCAACCUAGAUACUGUGGACCCAGUAGCUGAUAUUUCCGAUGCAAAGCCUCGACCAGUUAAAUCGGAUUCUGGUGAUGAUAACGGUGAACGGUUCGGAAAACCGGUGACAGAUGAUGAAAUUUCAAAAUUGAUCGCGUCGAACGAGAAUGCUAACACCAAGAAAAAUACCACCUGGGCGCUCAAGGUUUUCGAGGAAUGGCGAGAAAAACGUAAUGGUAAUUCCGUUGGUGAAAUACCACUCUUGCAUUUAAUGACGGCAGAGCAGUUGAAUUUCUACCCGGGGCGCUUUAUUGUGGUAACUCGGAUAAAAGAUGGCAUUGAAUACCCUCCCCGAUCGUUGUACUUUAUAUGGUGUGGGAUAUUGCGCCACCUCUAG